GCAUUGAAGGAGGUAGUAGCAGACACAGAGCUAACCUGCUUGAAUGAUGGCAGAUCCACUAGAAUCCCUGACAGAGAAGGCGAUACUGACAGCGAUCUGGCUCUAGUCUCCGACAGCAUGAGUGCUCGCUGUCACUGGGGUGCACUAGGGCAUCAUGGAAACGACCACCUUCCAUGCUCGAUUUUGAUCAAGGAUAUAACACGUACAAGAUCCCAGAAAUCAGAUGCCAGUUCAAAGUACCAGACUGAUGCAACUGGGUAUUUAAGAGACAGGGUACGCAGAACACCAGGGAGUAAGGAAGAUGUGUAUCAACAACCCCCAUGGUGGACACCAGAAGUUACCACGGCAUGGACAGAGAAACAGUGCCACUAA